UGCCUCGCCUUGGCGGUGAAGACAGCAUGUCACCUUGCUCAAGAAACGAAAUCAGCAAACCGGACGGGCUGCCUUCAAUCACGCCAUGUCUUACCGAUUCUUUCAGGCCUUUCAAAGGGGCAUACCUCUUUCCCUCUUCUUUCUCCUGACCCUUCUGGCCCACGCUUCCCUUGUCCUCUCUACUGGCCCGAAGGCAGCUGACUUUCUGGUCAAAGGUCACUCCCUGCCGGGCGUCAGCUCGCACAUUGGCGACCUUGGUGAUAGCUGGGCAGGCAAGGUCCCCAUCUCUUCAGAUGACUGUCGCUCUCUCUUCUUCUGGCUAUGGCCACCUUCAGAAGGCGAAGGCGAUGACACUCACACGAUCUGGCUCCAAGGCGGACCGGGUGCAAGCGGUCUCAAGGGGCUUUUGCAAGAGAUGGGCCCGUUUCUUCUUCCCACAAGCAGAGUCAAUACCAGUCAAGUCGCACGUAAUGAACACUCUCUCACAAAGGCAGGAUGGCUGCUGGCCGUAGAUCAGCCGGCCGGCGUGGGCCUUAGCGAUGGUCCAGCAAAAGCCAAGAGCGCAGUGGAAGCCGCAAAGGAGUUCACCACCUGGCUGCUCAAUCUUGUGUCCAUCUUCCCUGAGCUCAAGUCUAAGAAGCUCACGAUCGUCGGGGAGUCAUACGGCAGUCAAUACGCCUUUCAUAUCGCGGACCACAUCUUCCAGAAUACGAAUCUGAAGUUGACUGGUCUCGGGAUCAUCAGCGGUAUUCUCACUGACCGAAAGCUGCAGCAAGAAGCGCCCUUGUACGAGUGGGCCGUCAAGCGACAAUCCGAUCUCCACUUGAGCGACGCGACCAUGUCAGACAUCAAGGCGGAGGCUACGAGUGAUGGGAUCGCUUCCUUCGUGACGGAUCACCUUCAUUAUCCUCCAAAAGGUCCCAUCACAGCUCCAUCCACCUUGCCGGACUCCCACAGCUACCUCACCGCUAUCGCUGAGGCUGUGUCGGAUAGGGCCAGUAAAGGAUGUCUGAAUAUCUAUAACAUCAUGGACGAGUGCCCUCUAGCCGCCUUCGACCCUCUUGGCAAUCCUCCCGGCAACUACACCGUACAGCGGACCACCUCUGACAACUGGAUCAACAACACACCCGGCUUUCGUGAGGCUAUCCAUGCUGGCAAUAGCACAUGGCGCUUCUACCAGUCCGAGUCGCCCUUUGUAGGCGGAUCAGAUGAGUCUCCCUUCCCUAUGGAGACGGAGCUUUUUAGCCGGGUGGUCGAGCGGAUGGAGAGGGUGGUCAUCUCAGCUGGGCUGGACGAUAUGUCGCUCACUGCCCUCGGUGCACAGCUAGCGCUGCAGUCUGCCACCUGGAGAGGCAAGCAGGGCUUCCAAGCUGGUGGAUUCAAGUCCCUGAAGGCGGGCGGCGGCGGCGGUUUCAAUGGCGGCAAAUACCAUACGGAGGACAAGGUGACGUUGGCUCUGGUGAAAGGCGCGGGGCAUGAGAUUCCGAUGUACCAGCCCGAGAUAGCUUUGAAGCUCCAUCGCUUCCUCCUGGGUCAGAUUGAUGAUCUGGACAGAUAGUGAGCAGAUGAUUACGUUUUCUCUAUGGCCUUGAUACCAUACGUCUUCCCCGAUUGCUCUGACAUGACG